CAUCCUUACCUCUUGACGACCAUGUCCGACUCCGAGAAGGGCAGCAAGCGCGCCGAAGUGACGACCACUGUCACCGCUUCUGGUCUCGCGGAGCGACGAAGUCCUAAUGGCAGCCUGCUGAGUGUACGCCACGCUGACGAUGCGCUUCUGGCGGAGCUUGGGUACAAGUCCGAAUUCAAGCGAGAGUUCUCUAUGCUCGAGACGAUCGCCUUCGGCUUCUCCAUCAUGGGCGUCAUCUCAUCGGUCACUUCGACCUUCUCCUUCCCACUUGUUUCGGGUGGUCAUGUCGGUAUGGUCUAUGGAUGGCUGAUCCCCUGUCUGUUCGUUAUGUCGGUGGCGGCCUGCAUGGCAGAGCUCGCAUCCUCCAUGCCCACGAGUGCUGGACUAUACUACUUCUCGGCAAAGCUCGCACCUCCGAAAUAUUCCGCGCUUGCGAGCUGGAUCACUGGAUGGGCAAACAUCACCGGCCAGGUGACACUCGUCUGCUCUAUUGAUUUCACAUGUGCGCAGAUGAUCACGACUGCUGUGAACGUAGGCACGGACGGCAGAGUCGCACUUGGAAAUGGUCCGACCUAUGGGAUCCUCCUUGCUCUCCUUUUCACCCAUGGAAUGCUCUGUUCCUCCGCAACCGGUGUGCUCGCGAGGUUGAACAUAUUCUAUGUUAUCAUCACUGUCGGGACGUCGAUAGCGACAAUCAUUAGCUUGCUUGUCGUCUCUGGGGACCAAAGGGUGUCCACGAAAACUGCCUUCACUGACUUCGAAAAUAAUACGGGCUGGAGCAAUAAUGGCUGGGCCUUCCUCAUGGCUUUCACCGCGCCUAUGUGGACCCUUACGGGAUACGACUCUGCUGCCCACAUCUCUGAAGAGACAGCCGGCGCCGCUCGUGCUGCCCCCAUCGCCAUCCUUAUCAGCGUCUUUGCAACAGCCUCGCUAGGCUGGCUUCUCUUUAUCGCAGCAUCGUUCGCAACCGCAUCCGUGGACGCCAUCCUUGACACCGACCUCCCGCUCCCAAUGGGCCAGCUCUUUCUCAGCGUGCUGGGAAAGCGUGGCAUGCUUGCCAUAUGGUCCUGUAUCAUUGUCGUGCAGUAUGUGACCGGUGCUGCCCAGGCCGUUGAUGCUUCCAGGGUCGUGUUCGCGUUCGCACGCGAUAACGCGCUUCCCGGGUCUCGCUGGUGGAAGAAGAUGAACAGGCACACGCAGACGCCGGUGAAUGCGGUGUGGCUGGUCGUGGCGCUUGCUGGCCUCUGUGGCCUUCUGGGGUUCUCUGCGACUGCUCUGACAUCGCUGGCGGGCUCCGCCGUUAUCGGGUUAUAUAUAUCUUACAUCACUCCGAUAUUCUUGCGCCUUACCUCUGGGAGAAACAAGCUGGUUCCUGGGCCUUUCAGUCUCGGCAGAUGGUACAUGCCACUUGGUAUAAUCGCGGUUGCCUGGGUCUGCUUCAUCACACUGCUCUUGUUAUUCCCGCCAGUGGCGCAUCCUACGGCGGGCACGAUGAACUACGCAGUGGUUAUUGUCAUGUCGGUGUUUAUAUUUGCCUCCGUGUCAUGGAUCGUGUCCGCAAGAAAAUGGUUCAUCGGACCGGUGACAACGGUCGAGGAGAGCUAUCUGGAGAAAGAAUCUGUAGGCCAAUGACGAGACUUGGUGUGAGAUGUCCAUCGACGUCCGGUGUUUCUGCUCCUUCGUGUGUACCACUGGGACUUGUAUCUACGAUUCAAAUACGAUUCAUUUUUUG